AUACGGACUCUGUAAUAUAAUUAUAUAUAUAAAUAGUUCGAUACAUACGACCUACCUACAACUAUAUACAAUGUCAUAAAUCAAUCGUUGGAGACUGCAGUGUUUCAUGUGUGGUUAACAAAUGAACACCAACAUUUUGUUAAUAUUAAAAUAUUGUGGAGUGACAAAAUUAGAUUGGUAGCUUAAAAACGUAUGUACUUUAUAUUAAUACAACAGACAAUUUAAAAAUAAAUGUAAGUAUCUACCUGUUUAACCAUCUUGCUUCAUUAUUUUUUAACUGCGAAAUUUAAUCUUAAAAUGAUUAUAGGUACAUCAUGUGGAAUUCAGAAGGGAAAACACUGAAUGAAAAUAAUAGUGGACACUGUAAAACAAUAUUCAAACAAACUUUAAAAUUUACCAAAGAUAUACCGGAACAAAAAAUUUCACCUGAAGGAUUUUUAAUACGAGACUGUGGUUGCGUCAUGCGUUUUUUACCUAAUUUAGAUAAUAAAUUAAAUAAGAAUAAAUUACAACUUACAACCAUUAGCAAGAACCAAAAUCAGAAAAACAUCAGCUAUACACACCAUCGUAAUAAUUUAAAUCAAACAAAAGUUAUUUCAACAAAAAUGUAUCAAUCAACAUUUUGGAUGGAACCAAGAAUAGUCCCUAUUAAGUAUACAACUGAACUAAAUUUCAACUUGGAAUCUCCCAUAAAAAGAUUUACAGAAACAAUUGAUUUACAGAUGAAAUUAGUUCCUUGUCCAUAUAUUCAGCAAAUUGGGACUACAAAACGUUUCAAAACAUCAAUCGAGACAAAAAUCCAAUCAGAGUACAUACUUCCAUUAGAUACUACUAUUUAGCUUAAUUGCAUAUUAAGUGUAAAAUUAUCAAUAAUAAAUUAAUUAACAUACUAGUACAACUAUUUAUAUAUAAUUCAUAAAUUAAACAUUUUUUUAACGUGUAAUAAACUAAGAUAAUUAACACAAUAUGAUAUACAUAUAUACAUAAUUAACAAAAUGUUAUAUUAAAAACUAAAUAAUACAAUUA